UUGUGUUGUAAUCCUUGUUGCACCAUGAUUUUGUUAUCAUUAAACCGCAGUGCUGAAAACGACCAAAACUUCACAUGAAUAAGUUUUAAACAUUUGAGCUUAUCUGUCCAGGAAGCAUGAGGAGAGGACUUUAACAAAACGAGGCUUGAAAUUGAUGGUUGUUGUUGCACUAAUGUUUUAUUGAUACAAAGUAUCUCAAAGCGUGAAAGAAAGAUAUAUGAAAUCGUUCAUAGUUUGGUGCUAAUAAUUCAUGUAAUUAGUGUGUACAGGCUCUUAAAACACUAUGAAAUCUCAGAAUUGCAUCUCCACAAAUGAAUACGAGGCGACUCACACAGUCGACUCUGUUCAAAUUAAUGGCAAACAACGACAAGUAUUAAUUUGGAUUGCAUUUGGAUAUGGUUUCUUCGCCCUGUCUUUGCCCAUUAUCAUUGUGGCACUAUCAAGUAGCAAUUACAACACAUUGUUUCACAUUUCGCAGCAGUUAUCUACACUGAGCAGUUUUAUUUCAUCUGGAUGCCCUACUAGACUUCCCCCCAUCGCGAAUACUAGCAGUUCUACCAGCAGCCCCACUGAAUUUUUUUCUUCUACUGCAAUCGAUACUUCAAAUCAAAGUACCACAUCCACGCAGUCUGCUACAAAUACUCCAGCAAUAAGUACCACGAUAAGUUUUGCUAGCAGCCCUGCGCCCAGCUCAACCUUCCAAACGACACAGACCACAGAAUUACCUGACGAAACUGAAAGUAGUACCCCUUCCACUCAAGCAGAUCAGCCCUCCUCGACAUCCAUCCCCACCACGAAGCUUCCACAACGACCUGGUUUUACCGUUUUACAAUCAAUUAACGACCAAGGGCUCAUAAGCAAUGUUAACAUUUCCUGCUGGGAAACUUGCAAUUCUCCUAAAAUUUUGCAGCCAAUAUUAACCUUCACAAUGACUUCGAAUAAAAAGACUUAUCAAAUUCAAACAUUCAUACUUGGGAAUGAAAAGAAUGAAGCAAAUUCAUACGUGUCUUAUUUGGCCAUUGCUAAUCUUUUCCCGUCCUACAAGGAUCAAGUGAAAGUCAACCCGGAUUGGAACAAACUUCUCAAAGCAUGCCCCGAACCAAAAAAAUCAUCUUGCAAAUAAAUUCAUUCAGAACGUCAUUAUUCUUUUGAUUGCAUAUAUAGUUAUUAAUAAAUAUAAAUUAAGAAGCUGUA